AUGAAUACAGAGUGUCAGCCGUGUGUGAGAGGCUGGACCUUGUACCAGAACAAGUGCUACCUGUUUGUCAGGUGGAGGAUGAAGACAUGGUACGAAAGCCGAGAGUUUUGCAAAAACAGAGCUGCAGAUCUGGUUGUUAUCGAUGAUCUGCAAGAACAGGAGUUUAUCAGCAGACACAUCGAGUUUUACCACAGCGAAUAUCACGGAUACUGGCUGGGGUUACGUAGAAAAGACGACAACUGGACCUGGAUUGAUGGACGCAAAGAUACUCUUGGGUUCUGGAUCCAAGGCACCUUUCCUGAUUCAAAUUCAUAUGCAUUGAUGAUCUUUGGGAAGAACGUCACAGAAAACUGGAGCAAAAACGAGCCUGGCUUUAAGAACAGAUUCAUCUGUGAACGUGAAGCUCUGAUCAGGUCCGACUAGUCAACGCAAUUAUCUUGCACACUUCCUCUUCAUGUUGCAUAAAUAACUUAUGUACGUUUAACUGGGGAUUCACACCGAAAAGGUCAAAAUCGCCUGUGGUUGCUCAGGAUGCUUGCAUCGCGCCGCUGUUAAUAAUCACUGUUUUAAUUAUUUUGCGUUGGAUCGGUGUAGCAAAAUUAAAUAGUUCAGACCAUACAGCUCCUCAACGAUCAGUUAGGUGUUUCCCAUGAGCAGAGCUCUGGUAAAAACAUUUAGUUGAGGUAAAAACAGCUGUCAAAUCAGCAAAUAUAUUAAUUCCUAAUAAAAUAAGUUUGUUAGUGAACAGCUAUGUUCAUGCAUGAAUGUGAAUGAGUGUACGUUUGUGUGUACAUGAAAGUAAAACGUGCAUUGAAGCUUCUUGCUUUGGGAAUCCCGGGCUGUGAUUGGAUGCUGCUUCGGUGUCACCGCUGCUCAUUUGCAUAAAGUUGAGAUCCUCUCGACUUCAAAUUGACGCUCUGGACGCCUCUCGCAGCCAGGCUUCAUAGACAAUGAAUGUCAGCCGGACGCCUAUGACGCCCGUGACACUUUUGGUGUGAAUGGACAGUAAGAGUUUCCAUAGCUGGAGGAGGAAAGUGCACGUGGAUCCCCCAGGGCACCAGUGAUCGGCCGUCCAGCAGCCGAACCCUCUUCAUCUUCAGCCAGCCUUUGUAAUGUGUCAAUAAUGUGGUUUUACAUUGUCUGCUUGAGAGAUGAGAGAGAGAGAACGUUAAUUUUAAUAGUAUGACGUCAAAUUUUAACGCAUUUAUUGUGUAUUAGUGAUGUGGAUAUUUUUACUCAAGUAAACACUUCAUAGAGAAGAACAGUUUCUUUUUUUUUAACAAAAUCUUUAUUGAUUUUUUAUUCACACACAGGAUAUUAUUAUAAAGGACA